AUGAGUCGUUCUGCAACUGAAAAAGAUAUUGAUACAUUGACAAGAACCGUUUGGGGCGAAGCACGUGGAGAACCGGAUGAAGGCAAAGCUGCUGUAGCUCACGUCGUUAUCAAUCGUGCAAAAUCUGGUAAUGCGUAUGGUGAAGGUAUCGAAGGUGUAUGCCGAAAAGAUCAACAAUUCUCUUGUUGGAAUAAAGACGACGUGAAUCGUGGGCAAAUAGACAAAUUAGAUACCAAUAAUCAAGAAUAUAAAAAAAAUCGCAGAAUUGUCGAAGAAGUACUUAAUGGGACAAGGCCUGAUAACACCAAAGGCUCGACACACUACCAUCGUACCGAUACUCCCCAUAAUUGGGCAAGCGGGAAAAGACCAGCGGCUGAACAUGGUGCACAUUCUUUUUACAACAACAUUGACUAA